AUUUGUAAAUUGGAUAACAAUGUCGAAACCAAUUACUUUUGUUACCGGCAAUUCUAAAAAGCUGGAGGAAUUAGUGGCGAUAUUGGGCCCUAGUUUUCCCCGCACCAUUGUAUCCAAGAAAGUGGAUUUGCCAGAGCUUCAAGGCGAAAUUAAUGAAAUUGCUGAAAAGAAGUGCAAGGAGGCAGCAAGACAAGUAGACGGACCCGUGCUUGUGGAGGACACUUCCCUGUGCUUUAAUGCGCUAGAAGGCCUGCCAGGACCUUAUAUCAAAUGGUUUCUGGAAAAGCUAAAACCAGAGGGACUGCACCGACUGCUCAGCGGCUGGGAAGAUAAAUCCGCCCGUGCUAUUUGCACUUUUGGCUACUGCGAGAGCGUAGAUUCAGAACCAAAGAUAUUUCAGGGCAUAACUGAGGGUACCAUUGUUGAACCCCGAGGACCUCGUGAUUUCGGCUGGGACCCAAUAUUUCAGCCCACUGGCUAUGAUAAGACCUAUGCGGAGCUACCCAAGACGGAGAAAAAUAAAAUAUCUCAUCGCUAUCGUGCUUUAAACAAACUGCAGAAGCACUUCGAGAGUGGAGGUGGAUGUGAUUGCUGAUUAGAUGACGGUCUUGGACUGACUUAAGAUACAUUUAUUUAAAGUUUCAAUAUUUGUUCUACAAAUUGUCGAGAAAAGUUCUGCUUUGGCACAAUGCCAAGCCACACUACAAA